GUGUGGCCCCGUUGUUUACAAACUGUCUGGCGUAGCACAGCGGCGGCCACCGAGCCUUGUGACGUAGUGAGUCUGAGAGGGUGACCUCCUGCCCCAGAGACACGAGGGAAACGAAGGAAGACCACAGCGAGGACAUGGAGGGUGCAGCAGAUACUGACAGCCCCUCUGCGGCCACCAUUGAACAGCAGGCCGCCGAGUCCCCGGGUUCAGAUGCCUCCUCCCCCUCAGCGCCUGGUCCUCCCCAGGCCCAGGGGUCCUCAGGGGCUCGCGAGAAGGAGAAACAGGCUAGGGCCAGCACGGGGAAGGAGCCCGUGUGCGUGCUGAUACUCGGCAUGGCUGGCUCCGGCAAGACAUCUCUGCUGCGGCGGCUGGACGCUCACCUCAAUGUUCGAAGGCCACACUACACAAUCAAUCUGGACCCUGCAGUGGACAGUGUCCCCUACGUCACCUACAUUGACAUCCGGGACACCGUUAAUUAUAAAGAGGUGAUGAGGCAGUAUGGCCUUGGACCCAAUGGAGGCAUUGUAACUUCCCUAAAUCUCUUCUCUACCAUGUUUGAUGAAGUACUGCGACUUCUGUCUCGCAGGGCAGAAAACCUGGAUUAUGUACUUUUUGAUACACCAGGUCAGAUAGAAGUGUUCAACUGGUCUGCAUCAGGCCCCAUCAUUGCUGGCUCACUGGCAGCCACCUACCCCACAGUCAUUGUGUACGUGCUGGACGUUGUGCGCUCCACCAAGCCCCAAACCUUUAUGUCUAACAUGCUCUAUGCUUGCUCUAUCCUCUACAAGUACAAAUUGCCAUUCAUAAUUGCCAUGAACAAGAUCGACGUAGUGGAUUGCAAGUAUGCAUUGGAGUGGAUGAAAGACUUUGAAGUGUUUCAGGAUGCACUUGCAGCUGAAUCAUCCUAUGCUUCCAACUUGACUCGGUCACUCUCCUUGGCACUAGAGGAGUUCUACAACUCAAUCAAGGCCUGUGGUGUCUCAGCUUACACAGGAGAGGGUAUGGAAGACUUCAUGAAACUUUUGGAUGAGGCUGCUGUAGAUUAUGAGGAAUACCGAGCUGAGUACGAAGAAAUGCGAAAUAAGAAGAAAAAUGAAGAAGAGGAGCGCCAGAAGGUUGACCUCAGUAAAAUUAGUCAAGACUUGGAGAAGGAAGGGCUUUGCUUUGUAAGGAAAGCCAUCAGAGAAGACACAGAAAUUUACUUGCGUCAAGGGUCAGACACUGACGAGGAGCAAGAGCAAGUAGAUGAGGAUGAUGAAGAAGAAAAGAAUGAGCUAGAGUCUUUCAAGGAGUUCUUAAAUAACCAAAAAGUCAAAAGGGAGCAGCAGAGGCAUUCCACACUCCCCUCCUGAGGCAACCAAGUGCUUUGUUAAUCCUUUAAAGAUGUACCACUUGGAAGUUUUUUUUAAGGUUCCAGUGAAGCUUCUUUGGCCUAUGCCACCAGAAAAAAAUCUGAAAUAAAUUGUUUUACUA